AUGAUAGCUGUUUUCGAGCUUCUACUAGUAACCGGAGCCUUAGCAGUUAGAGCUCCUUCCUAUGACUAUGACUCAGACUCCAGUCUCGCUCUAAACUCCCCCCGGCCCUCACCUAAGUAUGGGGUGGACCAUCAAGACUCCCCUAGGCCAUUUAGGGCUUCGCCCUCAGGAUACCAGUUCAGCAGCUUCCGUGGUCCUGUGUCUGGGAACAUAGAGGAGAUAGAGGUACCCUUCGAGCUGCCGCAGGGGGCGACCAACCCCUACGGUGACUCCAGAAACCCCAUGCCUUCGAAGGCGGUGGACUAUGUGGCCAAGCCUGACUACUCGUUCACCUACGGGAUGCACGAUCCUGAGAGUGGCGUGGCACAGGCCCAGGCAGAGGCGAGGGAAGGAGACACGGUCAAGGGAGAAUACAGUGUCAUGGAGCCUGACGGUACCCUUCGUACAGUCACCUAUGUAGCCGACCCUGUACAUGGGUUCCAGGCCAGUGUGAAGUACGGUCCCUCUGGAUUGCCGCCUCCACCACCCCCAACUCCUACCCCAACCUCAGGGUACACGGGUCCCGCCGCCCACCCCCAGGGUCCUCCUAGGGUACCCCAGCCGCUGCCUCACAGGUUCAAGGCUCCACGACCCGCGACCGCCCCCAGACCCGCCCCCAGGCCUGUCUACAGGAGCUACCAGGAGUACGAGGACGUGUAGAGUACCCAUACCUGGAGUACCACGAGGAUAUAAGUUACCAUAAGAAUACCUGAAGUAUGGAUGUAUAAAUGUGUAGUUGUUUAAAGAUUAGCACCGUUGUCGUGUGGUUCAAUUGCAAUGGUAAUUUUCUUUGCCUGAACUACUACUGUUGUAACCACUCAAGGUCGUAAUGUUUGGAAGACUAACGGGUCAAAUAUGUUUAUGUUCCAUACUAGGUUUGAAAUAAUUUGAGUUAAUCGUCAUUAAAUUUAUUGAAGGUUGUUAUAAAUAAGUUUGGACGUAUAUAAAUGUUAACACUGACAAAACUAUGUAGUUUUACGGCCACAAGGAAAAGCAUAAGUAUAUUAAGAUGUAUUAAAAAAACUUCACAGAAAAGUUAAAAUCCAACACAUUUGCAAAGUGUAGAAUUAAAAGAGAAAUGUGAACUCUAUGGUACUAAGCUAAAUCGUCUACACCUGAUGACAAGUAAUUAAUUAACUGUUGUAAGUUUUUUUUUCGGUAAUGAGUUUAAUGAAAUAUUGAAUAAUUAUCAUGUAAUUAAUUUAUAAUUCCGUUAUUUUAUCGUUAUUACUAAGUGGUGUGGCAGUGUCAUUACUUUAGUGCUAAGUAAUUGUGGUAAUAACAAAUUAUUGCAAUUUUAUAGUCUCUAAAAUAGACCCUGCGUAGCAAUAAUUUGGUAUUGUAAAAACCUCUGACAAAUAUCCACAUAGACGAUAAAACUGUGCCACUGAAAAAAGAAACUAAUUAGUACACAUAAAAAAUCAUUGAUUAAACACACUAUAUUGAGGGUUUUAAUGUACAAUUUGUUGCCUCGCUGAAUCCAAGCGUUAACAAAGUUUGUUGUUAAUGUUGUUAUUUGUUGAUUGUUAAACUACGUUUGUUGGUUUUCUUUUUAUUGUUACAUUAUUUGUUUUACAUGUGGGUGUUUUGGAAUGUUAUAUCUUUGUUUACGUUAUUAUUGAAAACAUGGGAUAUACUUUACAGAUAUUUCUUGAUAACUGCUUUAAUGUUUACUGGUUCUACUUUACAAUGAUGUAGCUUUGGUUUUUGAUAAGUAUUUCAACUUGGCAGUUAAGUAAUAACAGUUAGUAAUAACAAUUACAAUUGUAAU